AGAGUUGUAAAUUGAUUAAAGGAGAGUACUUGAUUUCUAGGGUUUGAAGACCUUCCCCACUAGUUGUUGCAAAACAAGGGAAGAAGAAAAUGAGCGAAAGCUCAGAGACCCAGAAGCGUGAAUCUGCUGAUUCAAAGGGCGAGAAGGAUGGUGUUGCAUCCAAGAAGCCAAAGAUUGAGUCUUGUGCAAAGGGUUCCGAUGAUAAUGGUGUAAAGGAGCCAUCUUUUCUCAUUGAAGCGGAUGCCGCCGAAGACAAGGGCUCGAGGCUCACGAUGGAGGAUGCGUGGGUUGUCCUUCUCGAUGCAAGUUUAGAUUAUCCUGGAAAAUUGAGAUGUCAACAUUUUGCAAUUUAUGAUGGACAUGGAGGGCGGUUAGCUGCAGAAUAUGCUCAAAAGCAUUUGCAUAGGAAUGUUCUUUCUGCAGGAUUACCACGUGAGUUGUAUGAUGCAAAGGCAACUAAACGAUCUAUUCUGAAUGGUUUUCUAAAAACUGAUGAGUCUCUUCUUCAAGAAAGUGCUGAAGGAGGAUGGCAGGAUGGGGCUACAGCCGUAUGUGUUUGGGUAUUGGGACAAAGAGUUGCAAUUGCUCAUAUAGGAGAUGCCAAGGCAGUAUUAGCUCGGUCAACUGAUGGAUCACAAAAUCCAGAUGGUGUCCAGGCGCUGAAGGCCAUUGUUCUGACUAGAGAACACAAACCUAUCUUCCCACUGGAGCGUACACGCAUUCAGAAGUCAGGGGGUUUUGUGAGCUCAGAUGGACGAUUAUUAGGGCGUCUUGAAGUUUCUAGAGCUUUUGGAGAUCGCCAGUUUAAAAAGGUAGGUCUUGUUGCAAGCCCUGAUGUCUAUACUUUUGAAGUUACAAAUACUGAGCAUUUCAUCAUUCUUGGCUGUGAUGGCUUGUGGGGGGUAUUUGGUCCCAGCGACGCUGUUGAUUUUGUUCAGAAGUUAUUGGAUGAGGGGCUACCUGUUGCCACAGUGUGCCGUCGUCUUGUAAGGGAGGCUGUCCGUGAGCGUCGCUGUAAAGAUAACUGCACUGCCAUUAUUAUUGUAUUUAAGCACAAAUAAUCCAUGGCACGAUCCCCAUGUGUUGUACCAGCUGCUAUGCAUUUUGUUUUCGGAUGCUGCUUUCAAAAGCAAUGUAAAAUAUGUGAAUUUCUUCUUCCCACUGCAAACAAAUGGUGGCACUAAAUGCAUACCAGCUAGUUUAUCACUCUUGAAACUGGUUGUUGUUAUUGUAAUACAUGUUGAAGUGUAGUGAAGAUCAUUUUGCUGCAAAA